UGUGAUGAGAGGUUUCUUUGCUAUUACAAGGGCUUUUAUUGCUCCUGUUGCUAAAUAGACUUUUUAUUUCUCCUCCUAAUAGUCAAAAAUUUAAAUGAGAAUGUAUGUUACAAUUUCACUAUUAAAAGAGUCAUUAACAAAAUAAACCAACUUAUUAGAUUAUCAUCUACCAUGUCUGGUUUAAGAAUUGCUAAUUAAUAUGAUUUAUCAUUAUUUUCAUUAUUAGAAGAUGCUUAAGGUAAUAUUUAAGAUUUAAUAUCUUUAGGUAAAUUUAUUCUUAUGAAUUUUAAGAUGACUCGACUGAUUUGGAUAAUAGGCAGAUUGGUUUACAUUUAGGAUGUACAGUAUCUAUAUGAUC